CUAAACAUGGCCGCUAAAACUGCGUAAGUCAGUAGUGUGGUGUACAUAUUAACGGUGGAUGGUUCAUUAUUUUAUUACAGUGUUCGCGUAGUGUUCGGUUAUUUUUAUGUCCAUUUACAUUCUUAGUGUUUAAUAUAUCGUUAGUUUUACAAGUGAAUUCUUCAAAAGACAGAAUUUGUUGAAAUGGGCCGUUCCAGAUCCAGGACAAAAUCUCCUAGUAGGCGGCGUCAUAAGAGCAAGCAUUCAAGAAAACGUUCAAAAUCACGUGAGAAGCAUUCGAACAACAAGUAUUCUGACAAGCCAAAAGAACGUAGUUCAAAAACAAGGAAACGAUCCCAUUCUGCAUCUUCUAGUUCAUCAGAUGCUUCAGAUGAUGUACAUAUAGUCAGUCAUAAGAAACGUUCAUACAGAGACAGAGAUCGCAAAAUGGAUGAAGUAGAAAGACUGGCAGAAAUGGAGCGGCAAAGGAAAAAGAAAGAAUUAUCGAACAAAACCUUCACCGCUAGUGCAGUUGGAAGGCAACGUGAAGUGGAACAAAAAAUGGUUGAAGAAGAAGCUGCCAAGCGAAUUGAAGAACUAGUGCAGAAGAGGGUAGAAGAAGAACUAGAAAAACGUAAAGAGGAAAUAGAAGCUGAAGUACAAAGGAGGGUAGAAGAAGCUAAAAGGGCAAUGGAGCGACAAAUGAUGGAGGAAAUGGAAUGGAGACAAGCAAAACUUCGUGAGGAGGAAAAACGAAGAGAGGAGGAAGAGCGGAAGAAGCGAGAGGAGCUUGAGAGGAUCUUGGAGGAGAACAACAGAAAGAUAGAAGAAGCUCAGAAGAAACUGGCUGAGGAAAGAUUGGCUAUGGUCGAACAACAACGUUUGAUGGAAGAAGAAAGGCAAAGAAUGAGAAAAGAACAUGAAAAACGUGUUAAAGAGGAACAAAAGAAAAUCCUCGGGAAGAACAACUCGAGGCCUAAAUUGUCCUUUACACUAAAGCCAGUUACGUGAGUCUGUAUCAUUUCGUGCAGUUUUAUAUGUGAUAUUUAUACAUCUUGUCGGAUUUGGAAUCAUUCAUAUUCCGCAAGAACAUUCAACAUAUGCUGCGCGUACAUGAGUACAUAAAAGAUGCAGCAAUAAGAUCCAAAGCUCAUUCAGAAUGUAUUUGCGAUAAUCAUCGAAAUCUGGCAAUGUUGAAUUUUUUUAUUUGAUUAUGAUGAUCAUAUGUACAUCAGAAUUAAAUAAUUAAUUCUAUACUUGACAGAUUUCGAAACCCAAUACAGGUGGGAUUUUACCUGUUCGAGACUACACUGAUGUCAAUACAGAGAAACAUAUGUUUUGUGCAGGAAUGUAAUAGAGCAACUAUUUGUAUUUAUCUGUUAUGUUAUACAUUUUUUUAUAUUGUAAUAAUAAAAAAAUAUUCUGUACAAAUUUGCUUGAUCUGUUUGACAGAAGUGUGGUCUAGCCUAGUUUGGUGUGUUCUACAAAUUGCAAAUGCAGUUUAUAUAAUGCUGUUUCUCUGUAACUAUAUUAUACAAAAAAUACUUUUAUUUCAGUUAGAUAUAUUAAUGAAAAAUGAAUCGUAUUUAAUGCAUUCGCAUUUUCAAGCUCGAUGACCCAAAUAGAUUUUGUAAUUAAACACAAGUGUAUACAUGAAUUUUCUACGAGAAUAGAACUAUUGUGCAUCUGUAAUACAUAAUAUAAAAAUCAAUUUCGAAAAAAUAGUAACAGGAGAGCUAAUUUUUUUAGUACGUUAAAUCGAGAUCUUAAUGAAUUGUGCAUACGUCUAGAAUUUAAUACAGAGUUCAUUCUGUCGAUGAAGAAAAAAAAAAAAAUAGAGUAAAAAUGUUCUUUUCUAAUCAAAAUUAAAAUAAGAAUACUGAUUAAAAAAAAAAAUAAUACGUUGACUGGAUCAUAAAUUUGUACACAAGUAUGAAUGCAACUAUGAACAUAUAUUUCUUGUACGCAUUCGUGUAUAAAUGUAUUGAUAUAACAAAAAAAUCAUUCGUUCAUAAAGGAUUGUAUACCUAAAACAUUGUUACUUAUGAAAUAAAUACGUUUUUAUUAAA